CCAAUCACAGAUCGUAGUAGGAUGCAAGCUAGGAAUUUAUCAUUUCCUUUUUAAUGUACAAUUUGAAAGUUUGGAGCCGAUGAAGUGACGAGCAGUCAGACUCCAAGCAGUGCCCUUACAGGGGUAGCUGUGAAAAAUCGACAGAAAGCAACUUCUCUUACAAGAACUGAACAAACAGACUUGAUCUUUUUCUCAAUGUGUUAUUUGACAGGAUGUCAAAUAUUUGUAAAGAACAGAUUUGUUAUGAGACCUACAAGGAGACAGCAGAUUGGUUGCUGUCAAAGAUCAGCUAUCGACCAAAGGUGGCGAUAAUCUGUGGCUCUGGACUCGGAAUGCUUGCCGAUGCACUCACAAACCCGAAGAUCUUUAAAUACGCUGAUGUCCCCAACUUCCCCCAGAGCACAGUGAAAGGACAUGCUGGUCAGCUAGUAUUUGGAGAGCUGAACGGGAAGACUUGUGUCUGCAUGCAAGGGCGUUUCCACAUGUUUGAAGGAUACCCACUCACAAAGGUGACUUUUCCUGUCCGUGUGUUCCGACUGAUGGGUGUUGAAGUCAUGAUCGUGACCAAUGCUGCAGGAUCAGUUGCCGAUGGUUACAACACAGGAGAUAUCAUGAUCAUUAAGGACCACAUUAAUAUGCCAGGUCUCAUUGGGCUGCAUCCUCUCAUUGGACCCAACGAUGAACGGUUCGGUACCCGUUUUCCGAGCAUGUCUGAUGCAUAUGACAAAAGCCUCGGGAAACUGGCCAUGGAAAUAGGCAAGGAACUGAAAUGCUCUAAUUACAUAAAGGAAGGUGUCUACUGCAUGGUUGGAGGCCCGAAUUUUGAGACCAUUGCUGAAGCUCGUCUUCUUCACAUACUUGGAGUUGAUGCUGUGGAUGCUGCCAGACCUGCUGAGUCUUCCCAGCAAUUGUUGGCUUUUUAACUUUCUGGUUGCCUGAAUGAGUGCAACUCCAACAAAUUCAAGAAACCAGACACCAACCAAGACAAGGAAACCAGCUGAAUGUUCAAAUCCUGUUCCUAUAUUAACCU